UCCACCGGACGAAGUUUGGAACGUGUGGAACUUUAAUGAAUUAACUCCCGGGGUUGUUGAUUAUGUUUCGCGGUGAACAAAACCUGCUGAAGCAUAGAAUUGGAAAGGGUUGCGUUUGAAAACUUGCCUUCGAAAGUUAGUAGCGGUUUGUCGUCCUUGAAGUGCAACAACGCGAACGAACUGUGCUGGGUUAUUAUCUCUGGAAAUCAUCGAAAGGCAAUCGAUCUAUCAGUAUUAGUUGGGGGUGUGUUUGUGGGAUGCUUUGUGUGAAAUAUCUCAAACGGUGGCAAGUUUCGUACGAUAUUUUUGAAUUGAGGUUGCCGGUUCCUAACGAAAAGGUUGGAUAUUUGUGAAAGUGAUUAAAAAAUAGUCGCCGUGAUGUCAAAACGCAAGACUGGAGAUGAAGCAUCCGGUAACAGUGAAAAAGACUGGGAGAUCUUUGACAUUCUUGUAGGUGCAGAUGAGAUAAUGCCAAAGCAUCAUCACUCCCCAGUGCAUCAUCAUCAUCACCCGGACCCAGCAUGCAACGAUCACCUAGCGCACUCGAUCGACCUGGCCACGACUCUACGGAGCGAGCUGGCCGCUUCCACCUACAAACGAGACCGCCUGAUGGCUGAACUGUCCGAUGCCAAAAGCAACCUGUGUGCGAAGGAAAACGAAUGUGAAGCGCUGCGAGCGCAAAGUGCCCGUCAAACCUCACUCAUCAGCUCUCUUCAGCAACGCCUCGCUGCGUCCGAGUCCCGCGAAAAAACCUUACACUCCCGAAGCGAAAGCGUGGUCGGUACUCUGAAUCGCGACAAGAAGCAUCUGGAGGAUAAAAUAAAGGAGCUGUGUGCCAAGGCCCGGCGAUUGGAAUGCGAACUGACCACGGAAGAAGGCCACCGAGACCAGGCAAGGGCUCAUCUACAAGAUCUGGUGCGUAGGUUAUGCCUCGUGUUGGGCAUCGACGUUUGCGACGGGACGCAUCUCACUCCGGAGUGUGUGUUGAACAAGGCAGGCGAAACGGUAGCAGAGCUGCAGCGGUUGAGAUCGAAACUGGCCGGGACCUGUGAGCAUCUGAACUCUACCGAGGCGGAACUCAUCACCACAAAAACGGCAGCUUCGGCCGAUAAGACGCGGCUGCAGACGCAAAUCGAGGGACUGCAGUCGCUUGCACAAGGUCUGGAAACGCGCUGUCGACAGGCGGAGCGGGACCUGCAGACGACUCGCGAUCGGCUAGCGGAAAGCGAAGUCAACGGGGAUAAGCUCAGAGAGGAGCUGCGAGGAUUUGAGUCUCGGUGUUGUCGACUGCAGAACAGCUGUGAUCGAUUGCAAACCGAAAGAUUGCAGUUCCUGAGGACGAUAGCAACCAUCAUUGGGAUCAAUGAGCCUUGUGAGAAUAAUAUCCGGGACAAGGUUCGAGAAAUUACCAAUCACAAUCAAUCGUUGCAUGAUCAAGUUUCUCAACUAAAGGAACAACUACACCAGGAAGCCUCCCGCCAUCGCGAGCAUCAGGAAAACACAACCUGCCGUUUGAAGAACGAAGAACAACAUCGGAUGAGCGUAGAAGAACGAUUGGAGAAAGCUUGCCACGAGCUUCAGCACCUUCGAGCGGAGCACACCACUCUAAGUGAAUAUUUGGUGCGACUGGCCCGAGCCUUAUGCUGGAGUGAAUGUUCGGAACCACCCGCACCGGGAAGUGACACAACCAUUCUAGGUGAAACGCUGCUGGAAAGAGCCGAGAGGUUAGCAACUCAUCACGACCAUCAUGUGCACGGAAUCUGUGAUAAGAACUGCUGGGAACUGGCAAACCACCAUUCGCACUCCCACUCGCAUCAUCACAGCCACCUGCCAAAGCUGAGACGGGAACGGUCCUGCACCGAUCUGCCAAUGAAAGAAAGCACGGCACUGUACAAUUUGCAACGAAGGGUUCGCGUCCUGCGGGAACAAGUCCAGCGGAGGGAUCUGCAUUUGGAACUCCUGCGGCGAAAGAUUGCACUGCUCGAGGACAAUGCUAGGGGGAAAACCAUGUUGCAAACGGAACGUGAUGAAGCUGUUCACAGGGCGAGAAAGAAUUCGAAAAAUGCCGAAAGAACCGCUCAGCAGCUGUCGGAAGUGAAGGCCCAGUUGGUGGAAGUGAAGACGCAGCUGAAUGAAGCAUCGGACUAUAAAAUCACCGCCUUGGAACGGGCCCGGAAGUGCGACGAGUUGCAGGCACGUCUUUGCGAGCUGGAAAAUGAAAGGGAACGGUUAGUGGGCCAAUUGGCAGCCUAUAAAUCCCGAGCCCGUUCGGCGGUCGAAAGUUCCCACGAGCGAAGGGUGCGGGACGAACAUGCUAUCACGCAUCUCCGCGAUGAGAUGUCGCGAAUAAAGUCGCAACUGGCCGAUACUAACCAUCGUCUGUCACAGCUUCAAGCGUUCCGAACAUCAGUGGCAAAGCUGCUGCAUCUACGAGACGGCCCCGAUUCUGAAUUGCUGCACAAACUGCAAACCAUGUGCAACGCCCAUCAUCAGUGCACGUGUCUGGGGAGCAGCCACUACGGUCCGUCUUCCCCGUUGGGAACGGCUGGUAGUGAUCAUCACUGUUCCCGAUACGACGACAUUGGCCCAGGGCCUUCAUCUGCCGGAUGCAGACCGUUGAGUUCCAGCCCGAUCCACACCAGGAGAUACAUCGACUCAGGCUUCAAUGACCACGACCAUAAUUUCGAUGACGAUUUCGAUUUCGGGAAGAAAUAUUAAAGCUGCCAUUUGCGGGAAACAACACUGCCAAAGCGGAGAGAUGGCGUGAAAUGAGGAGCUGCUGUAGGAAGGAAGGCAUCAGCUCAGCAGAUACUUUAUGGGGGAGAUAUGAGUUCAUAGUUACCCGUGCGGUUGGUGUUUUAUAGCGAACGAACUGUACGCAUUUAGCGGCACCUAGUUGAGGGUAGUGGAAACACAUUUGUUGUAGCAUAUAAUGUUGUAUGAAAUAAAUGUUAAAC